GUUCAGCUAACGCGUCGCCGCUCUGAGUUUGACAGACCAGCGGCAAACUUCGGACUGUCUGUGAGUGAGAAAGUAAACUGUGAAUCAGAACACACAGUAAAAGUUGGUCUCAGUGCUGAAGUCCCUGCUGCAGCUGUUUCACGGCUUUCUAACCGCAAGCUGGAGCCGUUGUUAGCUGGAGGCUAACCCCCUGUUUAAAGUGUAUCCAGUGGAAAUGAUUGAGAAAUAUUUAAGUUUGAGUGCUUGGAUGUGAUGGCGGAGCUCCCAUCUGGACUGCUUGAGGCAUGUGUAGUGGUUGGAGCCCACAGUGAUAAGCUUCGAGAUAUACACCAGCUCCAUCAACAGGGUAAGUUAAAUGGACUCCCACUGUUGGAAGCUGAGGUACUGCAGGUCCAUGCCCCGCCUUUUGUUUCCAAAGAGACCAAUUCAAGCCAGGUGAUUGCUCCAGCUUUCAGCCGUGUCCAGAGGAGGAGGAGCUUCAUUAAGAAAGUAUGUGGUCUUGAGUUAGCCAGUGAGCAGAAACAAGACAGUUAUCACUUCCUGGUUUUUACUGACAUGUUUGGGAACCGAACCCAUGGAGUCGUGGUGCAAUACUACAGAGCUGUGCCGUCCUGUCAGGAAGGUGUCUUCCAGAACGGUCACAGGGGAAGCUCAACUAAAGCACGUUUCUACGCACCCUUUGCUGUGUGUAUCAUCUCCAAGUUCCCCUACUACAAUGCCCUGAAAGACUGCUUGUCAUGUCUCCUGGUCCAGCUUCAUACUGCAAGACAAGCCGAUUUUGAGGAGACAGUGAAGGAGUUUUCAGCCAAGCUGUCCCUUGUGCCGUUACCCCCUCCUGGACAGCUGCAUGUGUCUUUCAGUCUUCGUCCUCUUCAAGUAUAUCUUCCAUCAAGAGAGGAUCAGGACAGUCCUGUUGUUGACAUCGACCUGCAUCUGCCUUUCCUCUGUUUUACUCACACUGUAUUGCUCCAGGUGUUGUCCUACCUUCUCCAAGAGCAGCGACUGGUCUUGUUCUCCUGUGACUGGGCCAGACUCACUCUUGUUGCAGAGUGUCUGCUGUUGUACCUCCAGCCUCUGUCCUGGCAGCAGCCUUAUGUUCCCGUCUUGGCGAGAGGAAUGUUGGACUUCAUAAUGGCUCCCACUGCCUUCCUCAUGGGCUGUCACAUCAGUCAUUUUGAAGAGGUUGCUGCAGAGACAGAAGACCUCAUUCUUGUGAACAUCGAUGAUGGCAGCAUUCAGACAUCGUGGUGCGAAACAGUCGACCUGCCUGCUAUCCCUCUGGUUGCAGCUGAGAGCUUUACAUCAAGGGCAGAGAGUCUGCAGCUUCAUUUUGACCUGGAGCUGUGCCAUCUUGCAGCUGGAACCGAUGCUAAUGCUCUGCGAUCUCAACGCAGAGACUGGCAGAGACGGCUCAACACACACAUACAAAAUAUCGCCCUAGAAUUGGUGGUCAACAUCUUCAGUGGGGUGCAGGACUUCCUAAGCCAUGAACACAGGGUUUUUAACAGCGAGGAAUUUCUGAGAACGAGGGAGCCAGCAGACCAGUUGUUUUACAAGAAGGUAUUAGAAACUCACAUCUUCCACUCAUUCCUGCGUGACCGGCUAAACAGGAAAUGGGACACCUUCAGCCGGAUGGAGCAGAACACGCGUAAUCUCAUGCACAAGAAUCGUGGAAUGACGGAGUCUCCCCGGCGUCCUCCUAUGUCUGAGCUAUCCAGGUCUGGCUACAGAACAUACGCCAGCCCUGACAACAAGCUGAGCAAAAGGCUGGGAGCCAGCCUGCCAAAUCUGGUGCAGUCUGUCAGUGAAACUUUACCCAUCAUCAGGCCCAAAACAGUCUGCAGGAAGAUGACACCUGAUAUUGGUUUAAAGUCCCCCAAGAAAGCAGUGAAAGUUUUCCGUCUUCCAGAAUUCCCUCCUCCGCUGGCCUACCACUAUGUCCAAAACUAUUAUUCUGACAUGAUUGCUUCACUGGGGAAAGCUAUUAAUGCUACACCACCGGAAGAGUCUGCUCUACUGGCCAGGUACCAUUAUCUGCGUGGUUUGGUCAACACUGUGUCCAACAGGCGUCUUGAUGCAUUAGAGGACUUCCAGAGUCUGUACAAGACAGACUCUGAUAUUUUUCCCUCUCAGAUGGUUAAGUCUUUAGUGGACUCCCUGCCAGAGUCUGAACGUUUACAGGCGGAUAGAAAGGCUGAACUCAAACGGCUUAUCAGUCGAGUCAAAAGGGACCAGGAGCGGGAAUGUGCGGGCCGUGGAAACGGGCACGAGGAAGGCACCAUAAAGAGAUUCCAGCUACCAAGUCAUCAGAAGCAGGUCAGUCCAGAUUUGUUCAAGGUUUUUUACACCAUCUGGAAAGAGACUGAGGCUGAGGCACAAGAGGUUUGUCUGCCAACAUCUGUUUUGGAGCACAUUGAGGCCAACGAGUGCGUCUUCAAGGUGUCGUCUUCAGUAAAGACGAGCCGCGGAGUGGGGAAAAUCGCCAUGACUCAGCGACGGCUCUUCCUGCUCACGGAUGGACGGCCAGGAUACGUGGAGGUGGCACAGUACCGAGAUUUAGAUGAAGUAAAGGUCUCCUCAGCUCCCUUCAUGCUCCUGCGAAUCCCAGGCCUGAAGCUUCGUGUCCGGGGAAGGAAGGAAACUUUUGAAGCUAAUUUGAAAACGGAGACUGAGCUUUGGAACCUAAUGGUCAAAGAGAUGUGGGCCGGGCGCUUCACAGCUGACCAGCACAAGGACCCCCAGUACAUGCAGCAAGCUCUGACCAAUGCCUUAUUAAUGGACGCAGUAGUGGGAAGUCUUCAGAGCAGCAAGGCUAUCUAUGCUGCUUCUAAGCUGGCUUACUUUGACCGCAUCAAGAUGGAAGUCCCAAUGAUGGUUCCCAAGACAACUGCAGAGAUACUAAAGCACAAAAUUAACCCUUCGCUGGAACUUGCUUCACCUCAGGCUGUGGAUGUUCUUCUCUACACAUCAGGUCAAUUAUGGGUAUCGGUAAAUAAGGGGAAGGUGAUGGUGUUUGAUGCCUCCAGCUGGUCCCUCACACAUACCUGCCAUGUUGGGAAUGCCAGACUGAACUGCAUGUUGGAGGUUGACAAAGAUCAGGUGUGGAUGGGCUCUGAGGACUCUGUGAUCUACAUCAUCAGCAUAGUGGCCAUGGUGUGUAACAGACAGCUGACUGAGCACAGGGCAGAGGUCACAGGACUGGCGGUCGACAAAGACAAAUACAGCCAAAAGGUGGCGUACUCCUGCAGUGCAGAGGGGACAGUCAUGAUGUGGGAGGUCUCCACAUUGCAGGUGAAGAAGCACUUCCGCCUCUCCUGCGGCCAUCUGCAGUCCGUUUACAGCUGCAGCGGCACGCUUUGGUGUUGCUCCAGAGACAAGAUAAUGGAGGUGUGGAGGAAUGGUUCAUUAAAACGUUGCAUGAAUUUACCAGAACAACAAAAAGGCUCCACAACUACUUUCAGCUGUGCUCUGAUCUUACCAGAGCGGGAGGAAAUGUGGAGUGUGUGUGCAGAUUCUGGAGAGGUGUCUAUUUGGCACAUUAAAGACUGCAGCAAACCGUUCCACCGCAUCACUCUACAGGACUGCACCGGAUGCUACUGCAUAAUUAAAGUUAAAAACCAGGUGUGGGUUGGUGGCAUGGGCCGCAGUUCAACCAAAGGGAAGGUUUACAUCCUGGACACAGAGCGGUACCAGGUCCUGAAGGAGCUUCACGGCCAUACCGACAAAGUGACAGGGCUGUGCUCAGCUGAGGACCGCUACGUCCUCAGUGGAGCUGGAAAACAUGAUGGGAAGAUCGCCAUCUGGAAGGUGGAGUAAAGAGGCAGAAGGACUGAAAUUAGGAAUGUUUUAUAGUCAGAGUGCAAGUUCUCACUGAAUUCCCUCUGUUCAAACAAAUCCUGGAUAAUGAAGGGAAGAUCCAUAUUUGAGGAGAAAAGCAAUCUGCAUCACCGGGAUAUGAAGGAAUGCAAAGAAGCUCAAAGUUUACAUGAAGUAUGACCAACCUGGGCAGCUUCUCCUGUCUUCUAUGAAGUUAAGAUUAGAAAUACUAACAGAACUUAUUUUAUCAUUUAAUGAAGGAAAACUCAAGACUGAAACAGGGAAAGUGAGCUCAUGUUCUGCUGGAGAAUUUUUCAAUCCAAAAUGCAUCAAAGUUCACUUUAAUGAAGGUUUUGAACACAUUUAGUGUUUAUGUAAGUGUGAACACACAUGUGGUAACAGCGUGUGACUGAGCCAUACCUCCAACCGUGUUUUUGACGUUAGUGUCUGCAGCUCAGAGGAGUCAAAAUACCCCGAAAACAAAACUGCGGUUGAAGAUUUCACCAUCACAGUGGGAAAGCCCCGAUAGAAGAUUAUUUUGAUGGCGGGGAUGCUUUAAUGGACAGGAAAUACGAUGAUACGCAAUGAUGGGAACUGGGCUUAAACUUGAUCGACACUCAGGUGUGGGUCAGAGGAUCUGCAGCAGCUGGAAUAUGUUUGAACGCAGGUAAUAAAAUAGGGGCUAACUGUACAGUAUGUCAACAGUAAGAUAUUUUUCCAUUGUUGGACAAAGUUUUUCCUUUUUAAAUUUUUUUUUUAAAUCUUUGUGAAGGAAGUUAUGUAUUUGUAGUUUUUCCCUCUGUCAGGAGGAUUAUGUAGAAACCAACUGGCCAAUUUCCCCUAAAGUUGCCAAGCAGGUUGGUAAAUGAAGGAACCUAUUUCAUUUUAUUGUUUUCUGGGUUUUUAACACUAUGUAGCCACUUGAAGGUCAGAGUUGGACGUGUUUGUGAUAAAUUACAAAUGAGUUAGCAUUAGGUUUCUUUGGAUCAAGCUGAAAAAAUCUAUCACAUUAGAUUUUCCCUGUAAACUUUAUCCAGAAUUCACACAAGUGGACUGCAAACCAAGCUUUACCAAAGUUAUUGUAUAGAUUUUUUUUUCUUUUCCAAAGAUUUUUAGUCUAUUAUAGCCAAUCAAAACCAACGACAAAUAGGAAGUUGUGUCACAAUACUGCAUCGUUUUGAUCUACAGGUUGAACUUGACAUAGAUCUUGACAAACUUGGACUUCAGCAUUAGACCUCGAGCAUGCUCAGUGCACAGAGGCAUCUAGUCUCUGUUUAUUUUCAGAGCAGUUUAACAGUUUUCUCUUUGGCAGGCUGCUGUUCAAGAAGAUUAACCAACCGAAAGGUCAAAAUUCCUGUUCACGCGGUGCCUUACAGAUAUUAAACAUUCAGAUAUUUAUUAGGUUAAAUCAAAACCAGAGGCUAUAAAAUGUUUCACGCAUGUUAUAAUAUAUUUAUAUUUUGUGAUUUUUGUAUUCUGAUCAUUUUAAGAUGGCUUUCAACUCGGUGUUGUUUUAAUAGUAGCAUUAUUUAUAUUAACUUAGUGGAACUGGAGAAAGUGUCUCACACAUAGAGAACAUUAAGAGUUUUAAGUGUUUAUUAAGUGUAUUAUAAAACUAAAGCCAACUUCAUCAUCAGUGGUUCUGGUUCACAGAACUAUUUUUACAUUUUGUCAUCUGAGGUUCAAACUGAAUGUUAAACUUAUCAUUUACUCUUGUAUUUAUACUCUGUAUAUAACUGCGACACAUGAUGUUGUAAAUUAAACAAAUGACAACUCAGCCAUUGUAUUUAUACCUUUGCAACCUUUGCUUUUGCACAAGCAUGAAAAUGUACAUAUUCUCUCUCUUUUUUUAAAAAAAAAAAAAACCUGACAGUCAGGACACUUAUUAAAGGAAACCUCAAGUCUGUUUUUAUUCUCAGCAAACCGAAGCUUCAGUUUACUUUCUGCUCAGUUAGAAGGAUGGUCCACAGGAUGAACAACAAUAAAUACUUAAUG